AUGAGCUCUUCGACGUGUGAGAUCUGUGCCAACGAGAGUGCACGGUAUACUUGCCCCAAAUGUACGAAAAGAACGUGCUCAGUGCCAUGCAUCAAGACUCACAAGCUUCAAGAUGAGUGUUCUGGAACAGCAGAUGAUCCAACUAAUUACGUGCCGCGGGAGAAGCUGAAAGGCGCUGAUACCGCCGAUGAAACCAACAUAUUAGUGCAGCGAGAUUAUAACUUUCUAAUGGGCGUGAACAGACAUCUAGAGCUCUUGAAGCGAGAUGGAAAAACCAGAAACAAGAGGGCCUUGGUUCCCGCACAAGGGCACGGUUACCAAGCCCAUCUGAAGAAACGACAACAACUAGAGCAGCCUCCUAAAGUUAUCAGAAGAGGCGUCCACUGUAUUUUGCUACCCAAAGGUAUGCAGAGGUCACUCCAAAAUAAGAGUAAAUGGGACAAGAGUUUGGACUUAUUUGUGUGGUCUCUUGAAUGGUGCCUUUUUUCACCCCAGGGGACAAUUGAACUGUUCCAUACUAGUCAUAGAAAUAAGGAAACAGACACUCUCGUUGAGUGCAUGGGUAAGAUUGUGCAGACAAAGUGCUGCGAGUUGUUCAAUGAUAAGGACAAAGAAGCGCCUAAACUACAAGAAAUUGAGCAGAGCAUAGAUACCCAUCAAUUUCUUGGUAUCCAGGAUCCAGAAAAACCAAAGCAAACUAUAGAGGCUCAAAAUUCUCUGGAGUUAGAAGAGCAACAACAAAAUCCAGAAUCUCAACAAAAGCCAGAGAUUCAGGAAAACGACAUGCAAAUAAGACUGAAUUGGUUGUCAGAAUUGGGGCUCAACCUCUACACUAAAUGCUUUCCACAAGACGCGGAGCCUUUCACUGACUCCAGAAAACUUAUUCAGUUGGAUCCCACUAAACCUAUAGGCGAGCUUUUCAGAGAUAGGACAGUUAUAGAGUACCCCACAAUUUUCGUUGCCCAAGGCGAUUCUUCAUUGUGCGCUGGUUAUUCCCUAGUUGGGCAAGCUUCAAGCUCAGAAGUGGAAAACGACGCGAGCUCUGAUGAUGAUUGCUCGGAAACAAGCUCAAGUAGCGAAAGUGAUAGUAGCGAUUCGGAAAACCCUAGCAACACAGAUGAAGAACCGGAUGAAACAUCGAGUAAGCCUCCACUGAUUACGUCGGUGACUGGUAGCAGCUCCAUCAAUCAAAAAGAAGACGAGGACGACCAUGAUGACGAUGAAGAUGAUUACACGCCGGGAAUUUCAUUAGAUUUCUUAGCGGACUGA